CAGUGAACUCUCUUGCCCCAGCAACCAUACACGCUAUACCUAUAUAGGGAGGAAAUCAAUACGCCCGGCCCGCCGCCUGGUCGGUCUUUUCGUCGUUAAGUCCUAGGACCAGAUAGAUAGAUUGACGCUUGACAACUACCUUAUUGAUCCAUCAGAGCACGCGACAGUUUGAAUGUCAGACCGUGUAGUAGUUGCGAUCGGUGAUCGACCCAGCAGCUAGCGCAAACGAUAUCCCUCUUACUCUUCCACGACGCUCAUUUCUUUUCGCAUAACUAGAGCAAUGUUCUCGCCGCCCGUCUCACCUCUGUCUACGCCACGCGCGACAAAAGGUCGCAGAGAAAAACAGACACGCACACGAACAGUCGCACCGAAGAGAGUCUACGGGAAAAGAAAGGCCAAUGCGCCGCGAGCCAUCCUUGAGCAUGUCAGUCCGCUUCGAGAGAAGAUCGCGGACGUUGAAGCCGGCGAGACUGCGCUGGAUGAUAUGCAGGCAAAGCUAGAGGCUGUCAAGCUCGAUGACGAUGUGGAGGAUGAAGACAAUCCUGUGGUCGAAGAAAAUGGAAAUAAAGACGACGAACUGGUGGAAGCAAUGGAGGUGAUUACGCUCGAGGACAAGCGAUAUGAAGAGGAUAACGUGAAGAGAGGAGAGCUGUCAUCCCCGAUAUGCACACCGACCAAGAAGCGUGACAGUGUGGGAGAGGUUCGACAGAGGAUAAGAGAGCAUAUCGCAUCCACUCCGCUCAAGCAUACGCCCAAGCCCAAGCGGAGGUGGCAGGUUUUGGCGGAAGUUCGGUUACCGGUGAAGCCAGCCUGCAGCGCUCAGGAAGAAGAGCCAGCGAAAGACACUUCAACAUCUAAUACGAAGGUGGUGACAAAAGAUCAGACGAAAAAGAAGUCCAGACCGCGGCUAUCAUCGAGCUGUAUCAAGGAUGAGAAGACAAACGCAUAUGUCCGUCCUAUUCUCGACGAGGCUAUGUCUCCCAUUGCUUCUCAAGGCGUUCAGAAAUUCGAUUCGUGGGCUGCAAGGACAGGGGACGUCUUCGACGUUGUCAAGAUAGCUGAGGGCUCAUAUGGAGAAGUAUACAAGCUUCGCAUCAGAGAAGACGCCUGCAAGCAACAGAUGUCAAAAUCCAAGCUUGCGAAGCUGCGAGCAUACGGCGACGGCGUGUUCAAGAUUGUGCCGCUUCGGGCUAAAACGGGACCCGGUUCGAGGAAGUUUACUAGCAUCGACGAGAUCGCAUCGGAGGUCAAGCUGUUGAAAUAUCUGGAUCCUAUCCCUGGAUUCGCGAGGUUCAGAGAAAUACACGUUGUUCAGGGACGGUUCCCGGGACCUUUCCAAGCUGCAUGGGACAUAUAUUCGCAGACCAAGGAUGAUUGCUGGAAUCCAAACCCCGCGGAUAAAAAGGCGUACCCUGAUAAGCAGCUGUGGGCGAUUCUGGAGAUGGAUGAUGCUGGCUGCGAGCUGGAAAAGUUCAAGUGGUCGUCCGUCUUUCAGAUAUACGAUAUAUUCUGGGGCGUUGCAAUGGCACUCGCAAGAGCUGAAGAAUACGCAAGAUUCGAGCAUCGAGAUCUCCAUCUUGGCAAUGUCUGUCUUCGGACGACCCGGCAGGACGGCUCCAUGGAGCCACCCUCAUCCGUGGACAGCAAAGUCCUAGAGUCAUCAAGUGGUUUUGGGCUCAGUUGCUUAGAGACGACGAUUAUCGACUAUACGCUUUCUCGAGCUGAGCUCAGGUACAGCGAGAAUCCAGACGAGCAGCCGGAGAUCGCUUCGACCGAUCUUGACAAGAAGCAAAUCUUCGAUGCUGUUGGCGUGGACGAGGAUGAGAAGCUUCUGCGAAAUACAUACAGAUAUAUGCGUGGUGAAGUCUAUAAGGGUGACCCUCUUGAUCAGGAAAAGCCGGAAGACAUUCCUGGCAUCUGGUCGGAAUACACACCGAGGACGAAUCUCAUCUGGCUUCUCUUCCUGUUGAAGAACCUCCUCAAACAUAAAAAGGAUAAUCAAGAGAAGCAGUCCCAAGCUCCGCGGAGACAGCCUUUGGGAGUGGCCUCAGGAAACGUGAACAAGAACAUUAAACCAAAGCCGACGGCGAAAUCACAAUCAGGAAAGAAGAAGACAAAGGUCCUAGCCACCGACCUGGAAAAUGAGGAACAGAUGAACAUUAACAAUGAGGAGGGGCCCUCGAAGAAAGUCGAACAGACGCUUUCCUCCAGACUCGAUCGGGCCCUCGAGCUUCUUGAUCUCGAGAACGGCCAUGAAGACAUGUGUUGUGCAGCUGACCUCGUUGCAUAUGCCAUUGACUCACAAUGGCUUGACGAGAAGGAUUUUUUCAAUGCAUGAAUCGUCUGGAGAGGGCGUACCGGAGUGAUUCUUUCACAGAUUGGCGCUGGUGUGGGUUAUUUUAUGGAUCAGGAUAAGAGGGAUAUAGAGAUAGGAUGGUGUUUGGCGUCUAUUAUGGGGAUAUAUUCCAACAACAGCAGGAGUACUGUGUAGGUUGGUCACUGCAUUUUAUACUAUUUAGGGGCAGAGGCCAUUUUCAUAUAAUAUAUAUUA